UGCAGGUUUCGAUGUGAUUAUAAAUACUUUGAAAGUAUUAACGGAUAUUUGAAGUAUCAAGAAAUACCAGCCAAUUGGCAUGAAGCCAGACUCAGAUGUCAUCUGGAAGGUACAAAGCUAGCUUCUCCUCUGCAUGACAGUUUCAGGGAAGCAAUGUUGGAGCUAUCAAACAUCAGUAGUUCUGUAUUUACGGGUAUUCAUAGUACGUUCUCUAGAGGCGACUACUUUUCAGUUGAAGGUGUUCCUCUUGCCAAGAUCCCUCACACCUGGGCCAUGGGCGAACCCGACAACGAGAAUGACGAAGAACAAUGCUUAGUAAUGCUCGCUGAUGGCACUUUUGCUGAUAUGAAAUGUUCAAAGGCUUUUCCGUACUUAUGUUAUAAGAAGGUUACUCCGGGCAUGUCUAUGACUGAAUGCGGUACACCGGAUCCAUCCUACGUUCUGGACAAAAGAACCGGUAGUUGUUACAAGUUCCACCAGUUCCCUCGUACCUGGUCUCGAGCUUACAUGACCUGUGCUGCCGAAGGUGGAUACCUUGUAGUCAUCAACAGUGAAGUCGAGGCAAAAGCGAUGAGUGAAUUAUUUAGAAAAAUGGGACAUAGUAUUCCUAACAAUGGUGCGUACGAGACUAUAAGCGCCCAUAUUGGGUUCCAUGAUUGGGACGAACAUGGAGAAUGGGUUACUAUUCACGGGGACACACUUAUAGAUGCAGGAUACAGCAAAUUCUCUGGUGGAGAGCCCAACAACUUGAGCACUGAAUUCUGUGGAGGGCUAUUCCGAUCUGGUUAUCUCGAUGACUUCUGGUGCCACCGUCGAGGGCAAUUCAUUUGUGAAAAGGAUCCUGAGUUUUUGACUUGUGACGAAGAACAAUAAUUUUUGGAUUUUUAUUUUGGAUUGAGCCCCAUUUGUUAGCAAACUGCACCAUAACAGAGUCCAUAUAUUUUGUAUAAUAUAAUAUAUAAAAAAAUAUUAACCCCUGGGAUAUUGUCCGAACAAUUGAAAUUGGAGCAUGCUCCGUAUGAAACUUAUUUUUGAAUUCCUUACUAGUCGGGUCCAAUACUUCAGCUUAUGUUAUUAUAUGUGUCACAAGAAUAAAGAAUAUGAUGACCUUUUUUUUAAAAAAAAACCGAUCUUAAUAGGUUUGCUUAUCGGUUUUUUUAUUGGAAUUACAUCUAUUUGCCAAGUUUUAUUGACAUCGGUUAACGAUAAGAGCGCAAAACCAGAUUCAUCUCUAGUUUGGCACCCUUAGAAGUGGAAUAUUUCCUUUAAAUUGAAAUGGGACCAAUACUGAGAUCUUUAAAAAAAAGACUCAUAAAAUCGGUUCGCGAGUAAUCAUGUAAAAUACACCCAAAAAAAAUGCAAUCGAAUUAGGAACCGCCUCCUUUCUGUAUUA